GAAAAUGAAUUAAUAAUACGGAAGAAGCAAAGUUCCGUCUUGCACCACCCCACGAAUUUGGUGGUUCUGAUUGGCUGUAAAUCUUGAACAGCUGAUCAAAUAGAGAAACCGUCGAGCUGUCAGAGAUUGGGAGAGAGAUGUCAAACUAGUGAUAGUUCAGAAAUAUUGAAUAACUUUUACCUUAUCUGAACACGACAGCAAUGGAAGAUAUAAAUGAUAAAUUUUGUUACGUAUACAGUUCCUCAUUGGAGUCCAGAAUACAAAUAAAAAUUGGUACUCUUGAGGGCAAACGACAACGACCAGAGUAUGAUAAGCUGCUGGUUGAUCCGAUGUUGAAAUAUUCCGGUCUAUAUGGAACAGGAGGAGGACGGGGAGAUCUUGCAGCAUCUUUUCAAGUCUGGGCCGGCGGAAGACCUCUUGCGCUACCUGUUCACACCGCGUACAAGCAUUUUACUUCACGUUGGAACUGGAAUCAAUGGGUGACGCUGCCUGUAGCUUAUUCAGAUCUACCUAGAGAUGCACAGCUUUGUAUUACACUUUAUGACUGUGCUGGACCAGGAAGACAACUACCUGUAGGAGGAACAACGAUCUCGCUGUUUGGAAAACAUGGAGUAUUCCGGCAAGGAAUGUUGGAUUUAAGAGUUUGGCCUUGUGUUGAGGCCGAUGGCAAUUGUCCAACAACAACUCCUGGAAAAGCCAGAGAUCAUGGUAAAGAACAGAUGCAGAGAUUGGCUAAAUUGGCAAAAAAGCAUAGGAAUGGCCAAAUGAGUAAAGUGGAUUGGCUUGAUCGGCUGACUUUCAGAGAAAUUGAAUUAAUUAAUGAGCGAGAAAAACGAGCCUCUGAGUACCUGUACUUGAUGUUGGAAUUCCCUGAAGUUACAAUGGAUGGUGUUCCGUAUUCAAUCGUGUAUUAUGAAAAAGAUGGGGACGAAGUGGUACAGCAUAGGUCACAGCCAGAUGUUGUUACCUUGCCAGACUUUGAGAUUUUACAGGAAAAUCUAGUCGAAGCUAAGCAUCACAAGUUAGCACGUAGCUUACGUAGUGGUGGAAAUACUCGAGAACUCAAGCCAACUUCUAGCGUCCGUGAUGCCCUGAACACAAUACUAGCUUAUCCUCCGACAACAGCCCUUUCUACGGAAGAGCAGGAUCUAAUUUGGAAAUUUAGAUUCUAUCUCUCCAAUCAAAAGAAAGCUCUUACAAAGUUUGUAAAAUGUGUGAACUGGAAAGUGGCUGGUGAAGAACGGCAGGCUUUAGAAAUGCUAGCCCUAUGGGCACCGCCAGACCCUGAAGAUGCUUUAGAACUCCUAGGCCCAGCAUUUACUCAUCCUGCAGUGAGGAGAUACGCGAUUGGCCGACUAAAUCAGGCUCCAGAUGAUGAUUUAAUGCUCUACUUACUACAGUUAGUGCAAGCGUUAAAGUAUGAGAGCUUCGAGGGCAUAAAAGCAGCAAAUCAGAUUCUCCAUAGUGCACAGAAUCAAGAGAGUCGAGAAAAGGGAGAAAAAGAUAAAAAUAAUGAGUACUCGAUAUCUACACCUGUAACCACCUCCAGUGAAUCUGAGAUGGGUGAAUCAUUGAACAGGCAAGAACCUCCCAUGGAUUUGUCUUCAUUCUUGAUUAAUCGAGCCUGCCAAAAUUCAAUGUUAGCUAACUACUUUUAUUGGUAUCUUCUGAUUGAGUGUGAGGACCAGGUUGACCCAGCUAUUGCAGCUAAACAAGACACCCGUAUAAGGGAGAUGUACCUUACAGUGAUGAAAACAUUUUCCACUACGCUAUCCCAAGGAAGUGCUGUAUGGCAAAAGAGGCGAGCGUUUCUUUCCAGACAAAAAAUGUUUAUCGAUCAGCUGGUGUCUCUUGUUAAGGCUGUAGCCAGAGAAAGCGGAAAUCGUAAAAGAAAAACCGACAGACUCAGGGCACUACUCGCAGACCCAGACCCUACUUUUAAAAUCAACUUUUCUAAUUUUGAACCAAUACCCUUUCCCUUGGAUCCAGAAAUAUCUAUAAAAGGAAUUAUUCCAGAAAAGGCAAGUUUAUUCAAAUCUGCUCUUAUGCCAAGUAAAUUAACGUUUCUUACGGCUGAAAAUACUGAAUAUAUUGCAAUCUUUAAACACGGAGAUGACCUCAGACAAGAUCAGUUGAUAUUACAGACAAUAGCACUAAUGGACAAGUUGUUGAGACGAGAGAAUUUGGACCUGAAACUUACACCUUACAGAGUAUUGGCGACGAGCACAAGACAUGGAUUCUUGCAGUUCAUAGAAUCGACAACAGUAGCUGAGGUACUGGCAAGUGAAGGUUCCAUAUUGAGCUUUUUUAGGAAACACCAUCCAUCGGAAACUGGCCCCUAUGGAAUAUCAUCUGACGUGAUGGACACAUAUGUUAGGAGUUGUGCUGGAUAUUGUAUCAUCACCUACCUUCUUGGUGUUGGGGAUCGUCAUCUGGAUAAUCUUCUGCUCACAACUUCUGGGAAACUAUUCCACAUUGAUUUUGGAUACAUUCUGGGCAGAGAUCCAAAACCAUUGCCUCCGCCAAUGAAACUCAGCAAAGAAAUGGUUGAGGCCAUGGGAGGCGUCGGAUCUGAGCAUUAUCAUGAGUUCAGGAAACAAUGUUACACUGCCUUUUUGCAUUUGCGAAGACAUGCGAACUUAAUGCUGAAUUUAUUCUCUCUGAUGGUCGAUGCUAGUGUACCCGAUAUUGCAUUGGAACCUGAUAAGGCUGUUAAAAAAGUACAGGACAAGCUGCGAUUGGAUUUGAGCGAUGAAGAGGCUGUACAUUACGUGCAGAAUCUUCUUGAUCUAUCAGUCACGGCUGUUAUGGCCGCUCUCGUCGAACAACUGCAUAAAUUUGCCCAAUAUUGGCGAAAGUAAAAGAAAAAAAUUACAAAAAAUCCCUUAAGACUGUCUCAAACAGUUCAUGUAAAUAAAAGAUGUAAUUUAAACGUAUAAUUUAGUAAUACUGUCAUAAAUGUGAAAUAUUUAUUUUACUGUAUUUUGGGAAAUUCUAUAAAUGACUAAAAUAAACAUUUUCUAAAUGAAACUUUUACAACAA